GAGAGGGUGGGGUAGAAGACAAGAGAAACGGCUUCCUUGUAGAGUGUGUAUCAACAACUGCCAUCCAUUAAAACCAGAGAGACGACUGCCUCUGUGUUCAUCAACACCCACCCAGCGCUAUUCCAUAUCCCCUAUGCGCUUUGUUUCUUUCUCAAUUUCUCUCUUGAUUUCAAAUUCACAGUUUCAUUCUUCGUCGAUUCAUCUAUCUGUAUAUCUGUUUUGCUUUGUUUGGAAUUCCAAUGGCGAUGAUUAACUUAUCGAAAUUUCUCGAUAGAGUUUAUUUGAUGGCAGAAGGUGGAUCUCGUUAUUGUUCUAAAAAGUCUGAUGAUAUCUGCGGUGACGUUUGCGAUGAGGAUUCAGGAAGAUCUUCAACAAUGUCGAGAGUACGUUGCAUUCUCCGUGGGCUCGAAUUGAAAACACUCAUCUUUCUGUUCGUGUUGGUCCCAACUGUGAUCCUUGGUUUAUAUGUUCAUGGCCAGAAAAUCUCCUACUUCUUACGCCCGUUAUGGGAAUCGCCACCGAAACCUUUCCACGAAAUCCCACAUUACUAUCACGAAAACGUAUCGAUGGAGAAUCUUUGCAGGCUUCACGGUUGGGGAACUCGCGAGUUCCCACGUCGAGUUUUUGAUGCAGUGUUGUUCAGUAACGAAGUGGACCUCCUUACUGUAAGAUGGCAUGAACUGUACCCUUAUGUUACAGAGUUUGUACUCCUCGAAUCAAACUCAACAUUCACAGGCUUACCGAAGCCCCUGGUCUUUCACAGUCUUCGUGAUCAGUUCAAAUUCGUGGAGCCAAGAUUGACAUACGGAAAGAUUCCUGGGAGAUUUCGUAAAGGAGAAAACCCGUUUGUUGAAGAGGCUUAUCAAAGACUUGCAUUGGAUUAUCUUCUCAGAAAAGCCGGAAUUCAAGACGAUGAUCUACUGAUCAUGUCGGAUGUUGAUGAGAUACCAAGUAGACACACCAUCAAUCUACUGAGAUGGUGUGAUGACAUACCCUCGAUCCUCCAUCUUCGCCUCAAGAACUACUUGUAUUCAUUCGAGUUUUUUCUGGAUAACAAUAGUUGGAGGGCGUCGAUUCAUAGAUAUCAAUCUGGGACAACAAGAUACGCUCAUUAUCGCCAAUCGGAUGUAGUCUUGGCAGAUGCAGGAUGGCAUUGUAGCUUCUGUUUUCGCCACAUUAGCGAGUUCAUUUUCAAGAUGAAAGCUUAUAGCCAUUUCGACAGAGUGAGGUUCAACAAAUUCUUGAGCCCAAAAAGAGUUCAGAAAGUAAUCUGUAGAGGAGCAGAUCUCUUCGAUAUGCUGCCUGAAGAAUACACAUUCAAGGAAAUCAUCGGGAAAAUGGGUCCGAUCCCUCAUUCGUAUUCAGCUGUUCAUCUUCCUGCUCAUCUUCUUGAGAAUGCCGACAAAUACAGAUUUCUCUUACCCGGAAACUGCGUGAGAGAGAGUGAGUAAAAGCGAUGUUUUGUUUUGGCUGUAAAGGUUGGAUCUUUGAAGUUUGCAUAGAAAACCCAUAAAGGGUUUUGAUGAAACGAAAGAAUAGUUGAUUGGGACUUAGCAUCAUUCUUUCAGAAACGUUUGAUUUCUGGGGUGAUAGUGUAAAUAGUCUUUGGGUUUUCUUCCUCCUAUUCCUACAUUCAAGAAUCUCAAAAGCUUCCAUGGACAACAAUUCAAGAUUCUUCAAAAGAAAAGGUAAUUUUCUCUGUCAUUUUUAGGAAAUUUUGAAUCGAUACAUAUAUAUAUAUUUGUUAUUCAAAUUGUGUUACAUAUAUGAUUUGUAACCUGGGUUUGUCCUGAUGAUGAUGAUGAUGAUGCAUCAUGUUGAUAGAGAGGAUUAAUUGUUGGUAUGUCUUGUUUAUGAUCAUCAGAAUCUGUGUCUGUUUACAGCUAUGAUGACACGUAUAAGUCUUAAUUAAUAAACCAUCAAUAUGACAGAAUGAUUCUUGGAAU